UAUUUUGACGGAAAAAUUCAAUGACUUGUUUAGUGUAGCUGGCUUCACGCUGGUCAUGCGGUAAGUCACGUGAUCCCAGUUGCAGCUCCGGAAGUCAGAAUCAUCAUGGCCGACAGGAAGUCACAGAUUGUGGUGGAAGGAGAGGCGUCCGAGUCGGACUCUGAUCAGGAGAUCUUCAUGACGUCUGGACUCACGGUUCCGGGCGAAGCAUCAGAGACAGAAAGUGAGGGCGAGGAAGAAAAACCCGCCGCCUUCCAUCAUGACUUACCGCCUCUCACUGUCGAUCGUCAUGACAACGUGUCCAUGACUCAGCAGAGCCCGACCACACCCACACACGGCAGCCAUGUUAACUCACUGCUGCAGCAGAAACUGCAGGAGAGCAACGCGCGUCUGUGUGCUGACGUGAGCCAGAGCGUGAGACAGGUUUAUCACGGAGCCACGAGGGACAUUAAAGCAGCCACGGCACACCUGAGUCACUCUCAGGGCGUGAUCAUCGCCGCCUCACACGCCGUCCGUGUCGCCAUGGACGAUCUCCGGGCCGUGUGUGACAAGAUCGACAUCAUCACUAGCUGUCGGUUGCUGCCUGACAUCGCCAUGACGACGCCUGGAGCACCCACAGCGCACUGCUCCUCUCCUCAUUAAACCGAAUCAUGGACAGUCUUCACUCCACACUAGUUCUGUGCCAGCCACCUUAAGCUUACGAGUUCAUGUGCCAGGACUGAUAGAGAGCCAGUGUGGCGAUGAGGUUUUGCGUUACAGAGCGGACCAGUAUGAAGCAUCCCAGGACUGGCAGAGAGCGGUCAGCCUAAAGGUUAUGGGUUUAAACCCCAUUCUAGACAGAGUCCCAGAAGCCUUGAAAUUGUGUUUGAGUCCCAGUCCUGUCAGAAAACCAGCAACUACAAAGUCUCAGCACAGAUUAAGAGAUAAAAGGUAUUAGGCCAUGAGUUCAAAUCCCAACACUGAUAGACAGCUGAUGACACUGAGAUUGUGGUUUCGAAUCCCAGUGGCCAUAAGGUUGUGAGUUUGGAUUGGCAAUCCGCCAGAUGUUUGUGGGUUCGAACCUUGGCACUGAUAGAACCGUGUGUCAGAAACGUGCCCAUCGGCUUUCUGGCCGUCCUGGGAUUCAAACUCACAGAAUUCUGGUGAACAGAACAGAAUUUUGACCAGUAUGUAUUAAUGUUUGUGUUGUUUAUGGAAAUAAAAUAGUUUUGCUUUCCUUUAUUCUAGAA